CCCCCCUCGUUCAGACAGACGUAAGGCAUCAUCAUCCCCGGAAACCCUCAUACCAUAUGCGCCCACCUACGACACAUGAAUAAUGGGACAUCGCCAUUGCACCACCACCGCCAACGCUGUCCCACUAAAAGUCCGAGCCUGACGUCUGCACUGCGACUACCGCCCCAUAACCAUCCCGCUAUUGUUGUUGUUGUUAUUGUUAUUGUCUUCUUACUUCUUCGCGCAUACGCCUGCACCUGCAUGUUCAUUGGCUACGCCUCGACGCUCAGUCCCAACUCCGCUCCUCUGGCUCACCCUCCGCACGUCGACUCUUUCUAACCUACCUACCGACGCGCAUCCGUUGCUUCUUCCACCGAGGGC